CUCAUUUGGUAGUAGCAUUCAUAUAAAGUGCAUUAAUACUUUGCAUUGAUUAUUACUUACUACAAUGUUGUUUGUAAAUGGUAUAUUGAUUUCUCUGGCAAUUGUUGUUAUAAGUUACUUUCUUUGGUACUGCUGCCACAAAGUGUUUUUUAUUAGAAGAUUAAAUAAUUUACCAGGACCAAGAACAUUGCCAUUUAUUGGUAACUUUCAUAUUUUGCUGGGUCGUGAAGAAUUUGUGAAUCUUCUAUUAAAGAUGUCAGAAGAUUACUCAUCUCCUUUACAAUUUUGGUUGGGCAGCAAGUUAUUUAUUGGAAUAUACGAACCGGAUGACGCAAAAACUAUUUUACACAGCAGAAAUUGUAUAGAGAAAAGUAUGAUAUAUAAAAUUGUUCCUCUACUUGGUAUGGGAUUGAUCACUGCUCCUGCAUCCUUGUGGACUCGAAUAAGGAAACUGGCUGCACCAACAUUUAAUUCAUACAUGUUGCGAAAUUUCUUUGAUGUAUUUGUUCAACAAUCUAUAAUAUUUACACAUAAAUUAGAAAAAGAUGGUUAUUUAAAUGGAAAAGAAAUUAUCCUUCUAGAACAAAUAUCAAAUUGUGCUUGGAAAAUAGCAUGUGAUUCUAUUAUGGGUAUCCAGUUGGAACCAAAUAAAAACAACGACUACUUAAAAGCAGUUCAGAGGUAUUAA